AUAUGCAUCUCAUGUAUAUGUAGCCAGCAGUCGAUCAGGUAGGACGGUGGGCUAUCAUAGUCGCGGAAUAAUUCCAGUCCCCUUUCCGCCCACCCGUCCCGGGUGAGUCAGCUGUGAUCACAGCCCGGACAUUUGGUUGCACCGUGGAACGGGGCAGAUGAACCACGGAUGAGCCCAAACGCGUUGACCACCACCUAGUGGCGAUUGGUGCAUUCAACAGAGCGAGAGGAACGAGCAUUCCGUUCAACCAUCACACUGGGGACAAGGGGAAAAAAAUGGUGUGAAAGUGGUUGAAGAUAAGAGUAUAGUUUCAUAACGAUCUAUGUAAACAAACAUUUCCGAAGCAAUUUAUUGCCGGACGGGUUCCACAACCAUACGCUGUGAGCGUAUCCGCCCAAACGCCCUAAGGGGUUGACAGAACAAUCAACCUAGCAUGUUGCAGCAUGUUACUUCAACAUUUGCUAUUAAUGUUCAGCAUCAGCCAUUAAUGUAACGAUGUUUUCUUUUUGUUAUUUUAGGAAAGCUGCGCAAUGCAAACCCACUACUAGUUUCAUCCUAUUUAUGCUAAGCGCCCCUACAUUCCAGUGGCCUAAUUUGUCAGCCGUCUACAUUUGGUUUUCUUUCUAAUCGACCUACACCAACCAAGUCGAAAAUUGAUCGCACAUCAGGAUGCGUUUCAACAAACAGGAACUGAUCACACUGGCUACGCAACCGAGCAACAAGUUCGAAAAGGAAGGUCCACUGCACGUCACGGAAAAGCAGGAAGGUUUCUUCCGCAAAACAGAAGAUGAAUCACAAAAGCUCACUGGCGAUCGGCUAGUAGGUGGUCGUAAAGGUUUACUAAAACGUCAAAAGCCAUUCAGUUGCAUCGGUGGUGCAUCGAAUCAAGUAAGCCUCGAACGGUGGUGUCGACUGCGCGGUAAUUUACUGUUCUACUUUAAAUCUGGCGACCCAUUUUCGGAGCCUCAAGGAUGCAUCGUGCUGGAAAAGUUCAAAUGCAUCACACCGACCAACAACGAACAGCAAGAGUACGAUGGCUAUGUAUUUUAUUUAGAAUUUAAUGACGGUUUGAGACAACGGUUCGCUGCCAAUACACAACAAGAACGCUUCGAAUGGAUGCAAGCGAUAGGGUUGGCGGAAUAUGACAUUAAACGCGCCCAGCUCAAGUAUCUUCGGGAACAGAUCGAUCGGCACCGUGGCACGAUCCACGACGUGGACAUCGAUAUGUUGCGUUUACAAACGGGGAAAGAAAUCGAUCUGAAUGAAAUCCCUAUCUGUGAAUCGGUCAUCUCGUGCGACAAUCUCCUUUGCGACGGUAACGGCAAACCACCGAACCCGUCUGUCGUGGUGCAGGUUACGUCGAACAAUCGGGCGUCGGGAUGGGUUAAGUAUGGCCGGACGGAGGUGAUUGAGCGUAGCUCCAAUCCGCAGUUUAUCUGUACUAUCGCGUUUCGGGCGUGUGAUGGGCUGCACGCAGAAUCACUCAUACGCUUUACCGCUUACGAUGUGCGGGAGAAGGUCACGCAAACGGCAGUACCAAUCGGGUGGGCUGAGAUAUCGCUCGGUGUGAUAGCGGAUACGUCGCGGUUGCGCAUACCGUUGCGUACGCAGUCGUGCGGAGAAAAUGCAGGCUUUCUGACGAUCGCCACCUGUACACCGGAUAUGGAGCGGCGGAAUAAUCCUCGCUCACCGAUGAAAUCGGGUCUGUUUGGUGAGAAUCAGCAGCAGCAGCAGCAGAUGCAGCAUCAGCAGCAACAACAGUUAGGUCAUCGUCGCUCCCAAUCACUACCGCCAAAGCUCGGCAUUAAACUGUUUAUUCCACCACCGUCGAAAAUUGGACUCGUCUUUACCAAUCCGACCAUACACACGUACCGGUUGCAUUCAGGACUCGGGGGUGACAUUAGCGUGAUGGAGGUAAUGCUCGAAAGCUACCUCUGCUACCUGAUCCCGCAGCAGCUCCUUUCCGUGUGGAUCGCACGCGAAAAAGAACUUCUGCAGGAAAUUUCCGGCAUGGGCGAGCUGGGAGGCGAAUGGCGUCAGAAGCAGAUGGAACUGCUCGACAAGCAUCUGAAGCUGCUGAAAGAUUAUUCGCAGGCAAAGCAGUAUCUGCACGCACAGCAACAGCGUGGCCGAUCGUUUAAGCCCAGUUGCCGUAAGGGUGACGAGACACUCGAAUUCGCACCGGUAAAUCUGCAUCUACAGCGUAUGUGGGCCCACAACGACACACUCAAGCGGGCCGGCAUCCUGGACGUUAUAACCGUCGGUGCGUUUACGCGUCAUUCGGGCAAAUCGAAGACCGGUGGCCUUAUCAAGCUGCUGCACCAGGUGAAGGCUUCGCCGUCGAAGAGUGAAGCACAGCACAAGGUAACGGCAGCAAACGAUGCGGUGCAGGCGAUCAAGCAGUUGCGAAAGGAGAUAGUGGAGAUUAUGUCACAGCUGCUGUAUUUGGCGAAAUCGAAAAACCCCAAAGGUAUGCUACCACUUUGCAACGAAAUGAUGACGAAAACGCGCGCCUUACUAAACAUCUGGGAACCGAGCCUGGUAGAGGAAGCGUUCGCUUUCAUCGAGCGACACCGCAUUAUUGAUGAUCCCACGACCGGUGGCGAGGGUGGUGGUGGUGAAUCUGGUGGUAGAGUCGGCGACGUUGGAACACUUUCCGUUGGUGGAAGUGGUGGUACCACGCUGUCCGCUAUGUCACCGUUCCGGAAGAUUACCCAGCAGCUGGGCGCCUUGGAUCUGAAAUCGCCCGAACUGGAAGAUUUUUCUACCCCAAUGGGACCGGCUCCGGAUCUGUGGCCGCAGCAAGUCCAACGCACAACCAAAUCCGGCACGCUCAGUGUGCUGCCACGUCCGGCCAAAGUGGUACCGUCACCGUCGUCCUCGUCUUCGUUCGAUCUGAGCGACACGAUCGCUACCAUACAGAGCAGCUUUAAUCAAUUGCAGAAGCAGCACGAGGGUGAAAGUGAAGUGCGGCCUAGCAUGACCUAUUCCUUACCGAGUCCCUGCUAUCUGCCGACCGAACAACCUUCCUCUUCCAAAGCAAACAAACCGUUCAGUGAAACGCAUUUCGAUGUCAAUGGUGACGUAACGCUCACCCACGCACCGACGACACCGAGUGUAGUAGCUUCUUCCGGUACGACACUAACCGCGAAUCAAUUGUUGGAAAAUAAGAACGAACUCCUCUCCAAUGUGUACGAUGAGCAGGGUUAUCUGAUAGAGAAUACCGCUAUUGUGCUCGGACAUAAUGGAGCCUUUCUCGACACGAAGGUGAUGAGUUCGAGCCCGUCGGCAAAUUACUAUCGUCCGACGGAGGAACCGGAACCGCUUGAUCUGACGCAGUUAAACAUUGAAGCGAGCGUCAUGUGUCUCGUGUCAAAGGUAAAGUUUCUUUGUGGACGAUGUGGCAGCCCGGCGGUACGUCUGCGCCAACCGAAGUGUGGAUCAAUCGGUGCGCUACAGCGACCGUCCAGCAUCGAGACGCUCCCAGCGUACACCGUGGUUACGAGUCAACCGCUAUCGCUACCGCACGCCGCUGGCAACAUUGCAGCCACGGAAGCUGCUGUUCCAGUUGUGCCGCAGUUGCCCGAAAGCGAACCGAGCCCAACAAAACCGUGUGCCAUCGAGAUGAAACCACAGACCACACCGCAUCUGAACAACAGCAAGGACUUAAACUUAGCCCUUACGCAAGCAGUCGGCGAGGUCGCGCGAAAGGUGAAGAAGGGCAACAAGUUUACUGACGGGCUAGACCUUUCCGCUACUACCGAUUGGGCGCUCGAGCUGCGUCCCUCGAUGAAAAAACUGCGUCAAGCGAUGGACGGUUUGUUAAAAACUGCACGACUUAUGCACUCGGUCCAACGGCUCCAGCAGGACAUGAAGAAAACGAGCGCCACACUUGCCAUCAUGUAUCGACGCGACGUUUGCUUCUCCCAGGCGCUAACCUCCCUCGUCGCUGGACUGAUGGCUAAGCUUUGGGGGCAAAAUGUGACGGAAAACUUUAUCAGCCUGUUAGUACAUCUCGGUCCGCUCGCGUACUUCGAAGGGUUGCUUUCACUGUACGGCAACGAAACGGACAUGUGGGGUGAUAUGAGCGUUGCGGUCGAAGACUUGGCGACGGUAGGCUUUACGCUCAUACGCAGCAAUCUGCACCGUGACACGAAGGGUGCGAUACCGUUGCCGAGGGUGACCGGGUCCCGGCAAGCGCUGCGUGUACUGCUUCCCGUGCCGGAGUCAGUGUUUUGCCAUCUGCCUACGAAGGAAGCGGUUAACUUCCGGGUAACGCCCGUGUUCUUUAACAUCGGCAUUAACGAGAAGGCGACGGUGGCAGAAACGCUAGGGUUUACGCGGGAACAGCAUCGUUCGAACUGGGAUAAUUAUGAUCGGCUGAAGCAGUAUCAUAGCCGGUACCGGAAGGUACCGUUCAAUUUCGUCAAUCCCCACUGUUCCGCUAGCCAGGACACACCGACAAAGGUGGGUGCGUACACCACACCGCAGAAGGAGCUGCUCGUGCCGGACCAUUCGGUGGUGAAGUUUUUGGACGAUAUGGAGGCGGAACUGCGUGCGAAUCUGACGAAAAACUACUCCAUACUGCAGCUGGCGGAGGAAGUGACGCGGGCGGUACAGGGUUUGCGGUUUACGUCGUGCAAGAGUGCCAAGGAUCGGACGUCGAUGGCAGUAACGCUCGAGCAGUGUCGUGUGUUGCAGCAGGAGUUUCAUCUGUCACCGGGCAAUGCACAAACCGUGCUUAAUACUAUGCGCAGCGAGGGAACUCGAUCGGAUAAUACGAUGAAGAACGUUGGCACACGAAAGUACGCGUUCAACAUGCCACAAGUACUGUCCCUGCCAGCAGUUUAUCGACCUCCAGCGGGCACUUACGGAAAGGCACAAACUUAGUUUCUCCUUGGGUUUAAAGAGAGAGGGAGAGAGAGAGAGAGAGAGAGAGAGAGAGAGAGAGAGAGAGAGAGCUAAACAACCGUUUACUUACACUAUUAUAACUCUAGACGCGUCAAACGUAUAAGUAACUAAGAUUGUUGUUUCUUGAGAGUUUUGUUUUUUUUUCUUAUUUAACAAUUUACUUCAAUUCAGUUUUUGUUACAAUACACUAAUUUGUUCGUUUUGAUUAUUUCUUGAUAAAUCGCGUAAAGAAGCUUUAUGAAUAAGAACACACAUGGCUAAAAGCAGUAGUUUUGCUACAUCGUUUUUUUAAUUUUUAUUAUUAAAAGCAUUAUUAUUUAGAAGAAAUUAUUAGUAGCCAGAACAAUUGAUGAAGCUCAUUAUUUAACAAAAAAAAAAAAAACAUAAUCCCCUUCAUCAACAUUAUUAAUUUCUUCAGUCAGCUACACAUACAAGCAGCAUUUAUAUAUGAAUUGUUUUUGUUUUAAAACGGGUUAUUGUAGAAGAGGUCAAUGUUUAAUCAGUUGCAAACACGAACAUUAAAUUUUUAUAACGUAUAAGCAUGAAAACAAAAAUACCAGUCGGUUCGAGACCAUUUGCACAAUGAAGCAGAACGUUAGCGAACAUUAAAUACGAUCAAAGGAAUGAAAAAAAAACUGUUGCAUUAGCAGUGGUAUAAGUAAAAGAUAAAGAACAGUAACCGGCCGGUAGCACAUCUUUCAUAUUCAAUACAAUUAUACUCGAGGUUAGAGUCGGCUGGUAAAAGUAAUUCAAACAGCAGAAAGCUAUCGUUGAGAACCAUUCGCACGGCAAACAAUCGGCAUUUAAAGUCUCUCUUCCCGAAUAAGAAUUAGUAUAACUCACAAAGGAGCAUUACACGAAUCCACAAAGCUUCCAGAGAGACCGAUAGAAAGGGGGGUGGGGGGGGAGGGGGAAGAAACAGUACCCCAAGAGUAACGCUCGCUGUUCAGGAUGUUACGUUAUCCGUUACGUGUUAUCUGCAUAUAUACAUUGUUCGUCUAACUGUCUAAAUACUCGCAGCGAUCGAUUUAUAUAAUCUACUGUCCGUUUGAUACUCGAUACACAUCAUGUUUCAAUCACUUAUUACUGCUUUUCAUGUUCUGUCUUGUCUCUUUAUUUUUUCACUCGUAUUACUCCCUCCCUUUUUUCACUCUAUAGUUAACAAGCUUUAACAGUAUAUAUUUUGUCGGUUCGAAUUUACCGGUACGGACACCACAUCUAAGAAGCUAACUAAUCACAUAGAAUAACUUACUACCCUUUGUUUUUGAAGUUCAGCAGUUUUAACCUUCAUAUUUACUAUAAAUAUAUAUGAACAUCCAAAUUUAGCUUGUUCAAAACGUUUCAACGAACGAAGGUUUCCGUUUAUACCGUAGUUACAACACGAAAUAUAGCAACGAUAAAACAAACAAAACGGAUUGGGAAUAAGAGAUGCGAUAAAUUCAAAUCAAUAAUUGAGUUACGGUAGUGACACGUUUCAUAAGAUAUACUAGACUAACACAAAAUUCGAAACAAAACAAGUCUUUUAUAGUAUCACAGUCUAACGUUCCAAACACACCAACAUAGUCCAACAUAUCUAGGAAAAAUCUGUCAAACAAAAACAAAAAAAAAAGAAUCAACUGUCAAAGUAGAAUAGACUUAAAUCAUGCAUUGAGGAUGGACUUGGCAGGGUAAAAGGAUGGGUGUCUCUUUCGGAUGUCAAAACAAGCUGUCUGGCAAAGCAUCCCCGUUUUUCGUACGUGUGUAGCAUUGAACUUUGAAAUCUUUAAACAAAAUUACUCCUAAACAAAAAAAAAAAAACAAAUCAGUGCCAAUUUUGUUGUUGUAAAA